AUGGAUUUGCUUUACAUCAGCACACUUCAGGGCCUUUCGCUGUUUGGAGCAAAUCGCCUGGGCCAAACGGUUCAGGAGUUAAAUAAGUUUUAUCAAACAGAACUUAAUGUGUUUUUGGAGUUUGGUAAUGGAACAGAUAUUUUACAAGCCGCUCGGCAGCCUUUUAUGCCCACCAUUUGGAUAACAAACACCGAAAAUCAAAUAGUUCUGGAAGGCAACUUCAGUAGCAGAACCUUAACUGUCUUGUAUCUUGACGAUAAGUAUCUCAGUCAUGGUCUUUUAUAUUUGAAAGCAUGGUUGUGGAAAUAUCAACAUCUUCGAGUAUUAAUACUUUACAGCGGAGGAACUUAUGAAAAACUGUCAUAUAUUUUUAACCGUUGUUUUAAAGAAGGUUUUGUUCAAAUACUUAUAAUGUUAACAGACUUGGAAGGAUUCUAUAGCUUUAUGCCAUAUCAAAAUAUGAGAAUCUUGCAAUUAAAUAGUGUAAAAGAGUAUUAUGAUAACUCUCGCAUAAAUUGGGAUUUUAAUGGAUUUAAUAUCACAAGUGGUCUUGUAACAGCAGGAGCACCUCGUUGGUUUUCCUUUAGAGAUAGUCAUAACAAACUGAUUUUAUCUGGAUAUAUGCUCCGAAUGAUUCUGGAUUUUACAAAGCAUUUUAAUGGAUCAGUUCGAUUAAUUAAUGUGGUAACUGUAAACGAUGGCCUUGAACUUUUGGCCAAUCGUACGAUAGACUUCUUUCCAUUUCUAAUCAGACCGCUUGAAAAGUUCUCGAUGACCAAUAUUCUUUAUUUGGAAAAUUGUGGUCUAAUAGUGCCCUCCUCCAGACAUUUACCCAACUCGGUUUAUUUGAUCAGGACGUAUACCUCUAGCACCUGGAUUACCUGGAUAAUAAUGAUAAUAUAUUGCUCUCUGGCUUUGAGAAUUUUAUCAAGAGGACAAACAAACAUAAGUGUAGCUUUUCUGCAAAUUCUUCGAUUGGUUUUAUUUCUCUCAGGAGGCAGAAAUAUGGGUGCUCGACCAACCCACCAUCGCUUCGUACUCUUUAUAAUAUUAACCACUUCAGGAUUUAUAUUUACCAAUCUGUAUCUGGCUCAACUUUCCAGUAAUUUGGCUGCAGGACUUUACGAAAAACAAAUAAAUACAUGGGAAGAUUUAGACGAAACCAAUGGCAUUUGGCCCUUGAUCGAUGUAGACGUAAACACCAUGCAAAAAUUAAUUCCCGAUCGAAAUAAACUAUUGAAACGCAUAGUACCUACAUCAGAAGCAAAUGUUGAUAUGUAUCGCAGAAACUUAAACACAAGCUGUAUUCACUCGGGAUUUUAUGAUCGCAUUGAGUUUGCCCUUUACCAGCAAAAAUUCCUCAGACUUCCAAUUUUCCGCAAGUUUCCACAUAUUCUAUACCAGCAACCCCUUCAAAUCUCAACUGCAUUUGGACGUCCCUAUUUGCAGUUGUUUAAUUGGUUUAUAAGAAAAAUAUUCGAGAGUGGAAUUUACCUGAAAAUGAAGGACGAUGCCUAUCGACAUGGCAUUCAGAGUGGUUUACUGAAUUUCGGAUUUCGUGAUCGGCAUUUGGAAGUGAAAUCGAAUGAUUUGCAAUAUUAUUACCUAAUUGCGGGAUUGUGGCUGGGUGGCUUGAUUUUGGCUACCGUUUCCUUUUUCAUUGAGUUACUUAUUGGAAAUACCAAUAUCAAAGUCACUAUAGACCUUAAAAUGAUAAAUUGA